AUGUCAAUGCUCUCAAUCCAUCUAGAGCAAAUAGCUCUCUCCUGCGAAGGCAUCGACUCCCUCCCCUUCCCGCCUCCGAAAAUUUUCACAAACGCGAUGCUACACAAUGCCGACAUCACCUCCCUCAUCCGUGACACCGAGGCCCACGAGCGCGCCCUCUUUUCCGUGCCUCCGCCACCACCCCCGCCGUCCUCAUCCGCCUCGCAGAACCCGGACGCGAAACCCACCUCGAGCCGCCGCCAGACCGUAUUCAACGUCGCCUCGGGCGAGGUCACCACCGGUCCGCCACCUGGAAGCUCCCGCAGCGGCGUCGGCGGCAUGGUCGGUCCCCGUCGACACACCGCCGUCUCGGCCGUCCUGGGCGGCGACCUUCACGCGCAGCUGCGCCGCGGCGAGCGACAGGCGGCCAUCAAGGGCGGCGAUGUCGACGUCGACAUCCUUCUCGAGGGCGCGAAGAAGCUGUGCGGUGUCUACGCCCUCCCCGGUGCGCUUGAGCGGAUCCCCCAGCUGCGAUCGCGGUACGCCCACCAGACCAACACGCUGGCCUACUAUGAGGCCAAAGUUGCCGAGCACCAAGCCGCGCUUGAGAAGAUGAAUCAGGAUCACUGGAUGAGCGACGGCGACGAGGGACAUGCCGAUGAGCAAGAAAACGAGGACGAGGACGAGGGCGAGGAUCUUAUGACGGAGGACGACCUGCGGGCCGAGGAAGAGAUUGUGCGGGAGCUCGACAAGAAAAAGCGCGAGCUGCAGCUGCGGCUGCGGGCGAUGGAGAAAGACUUGGGCGGAUUGCUGAACGUGUGA